AUGCAGUCAGUUUCCCAAUUUCGUUCACAACAAACAUCAUCUGGUUUAAAAUUGACAUAUUGUUGUUCAUUAUAUGAGAAAUAUCCUGGUUGUGAUUUUCAAAUACAAGCAACAAUUGAUGAUUUAAAACAAAUUUCAGUUAAUACAUUCAAGCAACAUAAUCAUGAUGAUCGUGCUGCUUCCAGUCGUGUAACAUCACCUGUACGUGAGAUUGUUAAAGAAUCAGUUGCUCGAAAACUUACAAAAUCUCAGAUACGUUUGACUGUACAAAAUGAACAUUCUGAAGCAGUGCCAUCCUCACAGUUGACAAGUUUAUUGACUGUGUCAGUUGACUGUAUCAUCGGUCAUUAUCUCGUCCUGCCAUUUAUUCGGCCGAUGAUCUUCUGGACUUCAAUUGACUUGCACCCCUAG